AGCUGUUUUAGCUGAGCCAACGAUUGGCCAGAGAGCCAGACUUUACAAAGCAUGACUGCGGCGGUGAGCGCGUACGCGCCCUACGGCCAGCAGUUCGGCCAAUUCGCCCAGCCCUACGGCCAGCCGGCGUCGCCGGGCUUUGCCGGAGGCGUCUCAGUGGGCCAGCGCCUGCGGCGCAUGCUGCUGGAGCUGAAGCCUUUGGAGCAGAAGCAGAUGGAAGCGCAGAGUCUGGUACAGCAGUGUCCUGCGCAGCAAGUGGGGGAUUGCAUGCGUGCCAUUCUGGAGCAGCCAGUGCAGCUGCCCUGGAUGCAUACGCUGGGGGUGCAGAUCCUGACAGAGCUUUUGCGGCUUUUCCCGCAGAUCGUGGCGGGGCAGUUUCAGAAAGCCUACAUCCCGCAGCUGUUCCCCGACAGUGCUGAUGUAGACUUGGCGGCAGCUUUUCUGCACAGCUUGCUGCGGACAAAGGAGGCCAUGGGCCAGAGCUGCCAGGAGGAGGGCGGGAAGUUUCAGAGGCUGCUUCUGAAGAAGACUCAGCUAGCUGACUUGCGCAAGGUCCCGGCGUGCUCGGCCCGUGCCUGGAUGGUGCAGAUCUGGCGGGACGUGACCAGCGCGCGCCCGAGGGCCGAGCUGCUGGUGGAGUGCUGCGCGAGGUACCUGGCGGACCCGAAUGACUCGCCCAUGGCGAAGAUCCCGUGCCUAGAGAUCCUGAAGCAGGAGUUCUCCAUGAGGGGCCCCGCGGAAGCCGAGCCCUGGCUGCUCUCCACGCUCUUUGAGCAGGUGUGCCGGGAUCCGGCGAACCACUCCGCGGACCUUCAGCAGCUGCUCUGGUUCCUGGACAGACCCCCCAGUGUGCACGCGGUGCGUGCUCUGCUGGCGGGCCUGGCACAGGAGAAAGGGCGCCUGGCGACGCUUUGGGCGUGCCUUUGCCUCUGGGCACCGCAGCCCCCCCCGGACGCGCUGCGCUCCAACUGGCCCGCCGAGAGUCCCCCGAUCCACGUGCUGCUGCGGGCCAUGCUGGUGGCCUAUUCGCAGCUCCCGGACUCCAAGCUGCUGUGCCGGACCUGCCUGCUGUCCGUGGCGGCCAUCGCCACUGGGCAAGGGCAGAUUGCGCAGGCCCAGCCGGCGCUGCUGCUGAUGCUGCACAAGGAGGGCCCGGUGCUGCCGGCGGACGUGUGGAUGCCCUUGGCGCCCUUGCUGGACCACCUGGCCUCGCCGCAGGCGGCCGAGCUCGCACACCGCCUGCGGGCGGCGGCGGGCUUCGCGUCGGCGCCGCCGCGGGUAGGCCAGCCGCCGAUGUAUGCCGCGGCACCCCAGGAAUUUCACUCGCAUCAACCGCCACACCAGAUGGCCUUUGCGCAUCAGAUGCCACAGAUGCCACAGAUGCCGCAAGCGCCACAGCUGCCACAAGCCUCGCAGCUGCCACCAGCGCCGUCUUCAACGGCUUUCUUGCCACUGCCCGCGGAAAGCUCGCUGGUGGUGGUCAAUGAUCAUCCAAAGGUGGGCCUGCAGAACACCAAUAACACUUGCUACAUGAACAGCUUUAUUCAAGCGCUCUUCCUGACGGAUGCCUUCAUUUGGCGGAUUUUCAGCUUCCAACUCCAGCUGAAGCCAAACGCGUCCAAGAUUGACAAGGAGGACUUUGAGUUCGGCAAGAAGGUGGUGGACCUGCUGCAGCACCAGUUUGCCAAAAUGGCCCUCACCAAGCACAAGCACACCGACAUUUGGGACAUCCUGCAGGCCUUCCCUGACGCUUACCGAUCCGGGGAGCAGCAGGAUGUCACGGAGACCAUCCGCUUCGUCUUCGACAAGCUGGGCGGCAGCGACCAGCCGCUGAUACGAGAAGUCUUUGCAGGGAAUCUGCAGGAGAAGCUCCAGUGUAAGGUGUGUGGCACUGUGAAAGAGCGUGAGGAAACCUUCAUGGACCUGGUGCUCUCCGUGCCCACGGAGCAGCAGGUGACGGCCAGCGGUGUGGUGCCCACUACGCAGAUGUUGCUGAACGAGCGCCUGAAAUUCGAGGAGCUCGAUGACGACUGCUUGGUGACCUGUGAGAGGUGCCAGGAGAAGAGAAAGAUGGGGAAGUGGUGUGAGAUUGUAUCUCCGCCCGCCCAUUUGUGUAUAUGUCUGAAUCGCUUCACCUUCAACAUGGAGAAAAUGGAUUUCACCAAGGAGAAGACACCCAUCAAGGUGGAUGAGGGCCUUCGAAUAGGUGCUUACGAGUAUGAGCUGUACCACGUCAUCCUACACACUGGCAAGGAUGCGUCCAGUGGGCACUAUUAUGCCAUCGGCAGGCGCUCGGAGCCAGUGCCCAGUGGUGACAACAAUUGGUACACCAUGGACGACUCCCAGCUGAAGCCCGCAGACCUCGGCCUGCUGGCGGGCCGCCCCAGCGAGAAGCUCAAGGACGACAACCCGUACGUCCUCUUCUUCCGUUGCAAGCAGGCGCCGAGGACACCGGAGUUCAGAGUGCCCAAGAGCAUGAAGGACUUCGUGAAGAAGGAGGACAAGAAGCAAGAUUGAAGCCGCCCGGGCCGGCCCGGCUCACCGCCCAUCGCCACUGACCGGAGUAACGGAUGGCUUGGGCUGCUGGACCGUCUGAGCGCGAAACCGUUUCACACGGCAAUUCCCGUGCCAAGCACGGGCUUUUUCGAUUUGCAGGCUUACCAGGCCAUGCCGUUAAGAGCGCCUGGCUGCCCGCUCCACCUGGGAAAAACAAGCAAGAGGCAGGGAUAUGUGCCA